UGUGAAUAUAAUUUACUUUCAUAAGUGAACCAAAGUUGGGAAGUGAAUUUUUCGUGUCCACAUAAAUAUGGAAAUUUUCAAAUCAUUACCACUUUUCAUGCUCUUGGCAUCUGCGCUGGCACAAUAUGAAGGCUACGGACUAGAGGGGCAUGGAUUAGACCAAGGUCUCGAAGGUUACGAAGGGUAUCACAGGCCCCUGGUGCAUCAUCAGAUACUGGACCACCAUAACGAAGACUAUGACGUCGAUUAUCAUGCGCACCCAAAAUACUCGUUUGACUAUUCCGUUAAGGAUCCACACACUGGUGAUGAAAAAGAACACUGGGAGACAAGAGAUGGGGACAAAGUUAAAGGCUCCUACACUUUAAUGGAAACGGACGGUACAAAACGCAUAGUGGAAUACGAAGCGGACGACAAAAACGGUUUCAACGCAGUUGUGCACAGAAUAGGUCACCCGAAGGUUCAGGAAGAAUACAAAAUAGCAAAGCCAGUAUAUGAAAACCAUGAACCUGAGUAUCAAGAGGAAUACCAGGGGUAUGACGGAGGCUUUGUGCCCGUCGCCGGAUACGAACAUAGACAUUGAGACAGUAUACUCUAUGAUUUCAUUUUCCUUGUCUAUUCUUAAGCAGUGGGAGGGUAUUGGAGCUAACUUCGCGUCUGUGAAUUUCCGGAAUGAGUAUAAAUGUUAAAGAAUUUUAUAUAAUUUAAGAUUUUUGGCCGUUUUAACUGAACAAGCGAAACUGCUAUAGGUUAGUAUUACAAAGAAAUCUAAAAAUACAUUUUUAAUAAAUAAUUCGUAAUACAGAUAGUUGAAAUGUGAAAUAAACUUCUCAAUUUUGUUGUGUAAUAAUGAUAUAAAGGGCCCAAGUAAAAAUGGUCAGGGUAAAGUUUUAAUGUAACCAGUAUUAUACAUUGUUUCAUACAAAGGCAAUUGUCCUUAUAUAAUGUAUGAAGUUGUUAUUUGAACACUGUUUCAGAGAAAGGAUUAUAUGAAAAAAAUUGCCUAUUUUUGUUUUAUAGCGAGACAGGUGUUCAAUUGUAUUGUGAUCUUGUAAAAUAUUAUUUUUAGAACUCUAUUUUAUUCUUGAAUUGAUAAGACUGUAGU